UUGAUUAGAUACGCAGACGAGAAUUGGCGGAGUGGCGCUUUAUCAAAGAUCGUUAUUAACUCCUAGUUUUUCUGUAAUUUCGUGUCAUUAGUACACAAAUAUUGGAAACUUUUUGUAUCAUUCUUACAGUAAUUCAAGAUGAGUGAUGUUUCAGGGAAAAGGAUUAAAGAAAUCCUGUAUUUAGCUGCUGAAUUCGAUGACAACAUGGACACGGAUUUAUUUAAAGUAAUCUCCAUGUCUAGCAUUUGUAGAAUAUUUGAUUCGAAGCAGCUGCGUGAUGUCAUUGGCGGAAUUUUGUCUCUCUACGCUCUUAUGAAUAGAACAUUGUUAGAAGAUGAAGUUUUCCGAGACUCCUUACUGAACGAAGGAUUUCAGCUAAAUGCACUAAAAAUCCGAGGUAAAUCUGAUUUAUCGAACUAUAUUAAAUUCGUAGAUCCUGAAUUAAAUUCUAAAUUUUUACUCUAUUUGGAUUCCGAAAAUGCUCGUAAUGACUACGCUCCUAUACGUAUUAGAAGGGUUUCGAACAUUUUUAAAGAGCGUUUUUCCAAUUUAAAUUUUUCAAUUGGCUUUAUUGUUGCAUUCACCGGUUUGUGCCUAUGUUUGAUGUGCAAGAAACUAACAAAGUACAACCAUUUCGGAUGGGUUAGACAGAAAUGGAAAAGCUUUCUUGGAACAGUUGGACUAGAUCAUCAGUUUUCAGAAUGUGGACCGUCUUACCAUUUGAUGCCAGGAUUAAAUACAUGCAGUAAAUUGUAUACAUUUUUUAAACAACAUCGUGAAUUUAGACGACGGCUUUAUCUUGGAAUUAUGAAACUGUCAUGGGAAUCAGGAUUGUGGGGAAAUAUGUGCCGAGCUGUGCUUCGUUUUGCCAAAGGAUUAGAAAUAAACCAUAUAGUUUUGAUCAAUACUUACAUAUUGCAAGAUCAUCCUGAAUUAACUCAUGUUGAAGAACUGAAAUCGGAAUUUCGAAAACUUCAAACUGCUUUUCGAGUUUUUCGGAAGGAGACGAUUCCGGAAGAACAAUGGCCCUACAUUCAAAUAAUGAAUAAAGUUCCGAGCGAUAUUUGGAGCAAGAAAAAGUUUCCAAUACUGAGUUAUCUAUCUGUACAAAUAGGUAAACGUAUUCGAACAAAUUUGGAAGAUUACCAUUGCGAAUUAUCGUCUGAAAUGCAGGAUAUAGCAAAUAGAAUCAUGGCUGAAAUAAUCAAUUAUGAUUCUGCUUCUCAAAUAGCACAGACUCCGUCUGAAAAUAGCUUGGGAAAUAUAGCCAUAUUGUCUAAUAUGAGAAAUGAAGAAUUUCCCGAACUUUUUGAAAUGAGUGACAUUCUAGAAAAAUCUCUUUAUGCACUAAAUGGUGUACGUAAUUUUAAUAAAGACGACGAGGAUUUGAUUUUCUUACCGAAUGCUAUUCCAUGUUCUGAGAUUAAGUAUUUUAAAAUAUCUGAAAAUGUGGAUGGUGAGCUGCAUAAAAUCGUCUGCCUGUUGAAUAUUUCCAGAAUUUAUCAGAAUGAAUGCCUUUCAGAGGUUAUUGGUGGAAUGUUAUCUCUUUUUGCUGCUGUUGAUCCCGCAACAUGGUCUGAAGAAGAAGACUGCAAAAAAUCUCUGAAAACUCACGGAUUUGAACUCUGCGAAAUUCUUAUAGAAUCUGCAAACGAUUUGGCCAGCCAUUUUGUUUUUGAGAAUGAUGAACUAAACGAACUGUUUUUGAAGUUCUUAAACUUAACUUCAACGGAUAUCAGUUACUCAGUCACGAUUAAACGUAAUGAUUCUGUGUGCCAAAUGUUCAGAGGUUUAUUUUUGAAAACAUUAGCGAUACCAAAUAUUUUUGCUUACAUUGGAAUGUAUUUGCUUCCGAUUUUUAAACAACUCGAUGAAAAUAAUUAUGAUAGCUGGCUUAGACACAAAUGGGUCACUUUUUGUAGAUUAACUAAUAAGUCUGUUAUCGUCUCAUUUUCGAAUAUACUUCUGCCUUCGCAAAGCACGUGCAUCAACAUACACUCGUUUUUUUAUUCCAAUUUUGAACUACGAAGAGCACUAUUUUUAAAAUCUUUGAACUUCUUAAAGCUUUCAGAUCCGAUACGUUUCAUAUUUUUAGUGAUUUGUCAAAACGCUAAAGAAAGUGAAUUAACUCACAUAUACUUGAUUAACUACUUCAUACUACAACAAAAUAAACAUUUGUUAAAGAUGAAAGAAUUGAAACCUGAACUUGUAAGAUUUAUGCGCGCAAUAGAAAGUAUUCGAUGUAUGUUGCCAUCCGUCAAUUUUGGUUGGCUGUAUAUAAAACUAAUUAGUCACCCCAACGAAGUGGAAUUCUUAAAUAAAAAUCAUUUCCCUCUUCUCUUAUAUCUGUCAGACACAAUUCGUGAAAGCGAAAAUAAACCAAAAUAUGCUGGGGUCGCUGCAGUAACUGAAUACUUUAAAAAAGUCGAAGAAUCAAGAAAAAAUUUCAGCAAAUUUUAUAACAAUGCAAUGACUGAAAAAAGUAUUAAAAAAUUUUUCGAACUGAAAUUUCCAAACGGAGAUUUAUUAUCUUCAUUAGAAUAUGAACAGUUGAAACAGCUAACAAUUAACAGUUUGCUAUUUUCCACUUGUCACGACGAAACAUUGGGGAUAAUUCCAGAUGACAAAAAGAAGCAAAUCAUGGAUAUGUCUAUGGAGGAGGUGAAGGAAAAAUAUGAACAUUUUAAUUUUUCUUUUAGAAUGAUGUUUUCAGCAAAUUCAAUGAUAAUUCAGAGAAUUCAAAAGAUAGUUCAAGGACUUAACAGACGAUCAACUGUAGAAGCAGUGUCAGAAUUCGGCGAAGCUGACUUACAGAUCAAUUCAACAGAGAGUGUAUUGCAAAGCAAUCCAGUCCAGGGAGAAUUGCGAAACAAUUUGUUUGAGGACGCAUUGCAAAUCCAUCCUGUCGAGGAUGAAUUGCGAAACAAUUUGUUUGAGGAUGCAUUGCGAAUCGAUCCAUUCGAAGAUGAGUUGCGAAACAAUUUGUUUGAGGACGCAUUGCGAAUCGAUGCAUUCGAAGAUGAAUUGCAAAACAAUUUGUUUGAGGAUGCAUUGCAAAUCGAUCCAUUCGAAGAUGAAUUGCGAAGCAAUUUGUUUGAGGAUGCAUUGCGAAUCGAUCCAUUCGAAGAUGAAUUGAGAAACAAUUUGUUUGAGGACGCAUUGCGAAUCGAUCCAUUCGAAGAUGAAUAUGAAUUUCAAUAGAAUAUGACUACUUCAGUUGAAGUCAUAACUUAAGGAGGGUGCAAUCUUUUUAUUGAAUAAAAAUUCUAUGAAAAGUGACCUUUGAAUUGAAUAUUGAAUUAUUUCAAGAUAUACAUUACCGAGUGUUCUUAAUAAAUUUCAUUAUCUCUAGUAAAAUUGCCUUUAAAAAUUAGUUUACGCUUACACAUCGAUUACAAAAGUUAUGUUGCAUCAUAAAUGUGUAUAUUACUUUUGACUUGUCCUUAAUAAAUGAAUGUUUGCUUU